AUGUUCAAGACUUGGGGCUGGGAGAGCAGCAGGCUCUGCGCCUACAAGGACGACCAGCUGCAGCCCGCCUCCAUUUCUCGCAUGCCCACGCGCCUCGAUUGGGUCGACGCGCCCCGCUGCUCGGCUGCGCUGGCGGCGUCGAACUCGGCGCGCGACAAGCUCAACAGGCUCUGGGGCUGGGAACGCCACCGCAAUUGCGCCUACAAGUCCGCUGCGGGCACCCCCAUUUACCACAGCGACUAUGUAGGGCCCCGCUACGCCGCCCCUGCGGCGCCGCUUGAGCCCGAGCCCGAGCCCGCGACACCUGCCCUGCCCUCGCCGCCGCCCGCCGCGCCGGCGCAGCCGGCGCAGUCGCCCGCGACUCCAGUGAAGCCCUCGCCGUCGCCGUCGCAGUCGCCGUCGCCCUCGCCCACCGCACCGGCCAAGCUCUCGCCAAAGCUUGCCGCGCCGGCGCAGCCCUCGCCGUCCCCUACAAAUCCUGUCAAACCCUCGCCGUCUCCCUCGCCGACACCCGCCACUCCGGCCAAGCCGUCUCCCACCCCCGCCGCCCCGGUCAAGCCCUCGCCCUCGCCCGCCGCGCCGGCCAAGCCCUCGCCGCCUCCCUCGACCUCGCCCGCCGCGCCGGCCAAGCCCUUGGCGUCCCCGGCCCCCUCGCCCGCCGCGCCGGCCGGGCCUCAGAAACAGACGCCCUGCGGCAACAGCGUCAACAACACCGAGGUGCUUGCUGAGGCCAUUGUGGAGCAGCUGUAUGACAAGCUGGCCGCAGCCACCAACGGCUACGAGUCCCUGCCCGACCUCGCCCAGCAAGCCGCCCACGCCGCCUACGCAGCCAUCCAGCCCACCUCCGGCGGCGAGGUGGCGGCGGCGCAGGCCGGCGACGAGUGGCCGCUUGGCGUGACGCCCCUCCCGACCGUCGGCCGCCGCGCCGCCGCGCCGCGCUACACAGCCGGCCAGGUCGAGGCGCUGGUCGAUGCGCCAGGCCCUGCGGCCGGGUCCGAGGGCGUCGCGGCGCUCAGCAGUGAUGACGAGGAUUACGAGUAUGAGGAGCGUGCGGCAGGCGAGCCUGCAGCCACGCCCGCCGCCGCCGCCGACGUCGCCGCCGCCGGCCCAGGCCUGGUCGUGGACUCGCUGGCCAAGGCGCACUCUCAGGGCGCCGGCCGCCACGAGGCGCCGGCCGCCGACGGCGAGGCCGCGGCCGCCGGCGCGCCGCAGACCGUCGGCGACUCCCUAGCAAAGGCCGCCGCGGAGGACGCGGCCGCAGCGGAUGCGGGCAACAGCACCGCUGCCGGCGAUGCCGACGCGGCGCUGCCGCCGGCGGCUGUAGAGCUGGCUUCGCCGGCAGAUGCCGCCGUUGUUGGGCCCACCGACGGCCCUACCAUCGUCGGGGACACGCUCAUCAAGUCCAACGAAUCGAACAGCCCUGCCACGGCCGAGCCCUCGGCUCCGCAGGCGACAGCAGAGGCCGCCCUCAGCCUCGCGCAGCUGCUCGGCGAUGGCGGCCCCGGCGGCGUGUCCCCUCCCGGCACCGUGGGCACGGCCGGCAAGACGAUCACAACAGCGCUGCCGCCCGACGCCAACCUCACCACCGCCAAGCCCGCCGGCGGCUUUGCGGCCGCGGAGGGCCCCGAUGCUGCCCCGGCCAACGCGACCCCGGUCGACCCCGCGACGGCGUCCUAUUCGCCGGGCGGCGUGACGCCGCCAGGAACAAAAGGCAGCAGCAGCCAGCUGACGCUGCUGCAAGGGACGUCCGGCGACUUUAGCGCCGCAAGCACCGACGAGUCGCCCGAUUACGAGCCCAUGUUCCCGACUAGCCGAGGAGGGCUCCUCCCGCGCCCCGCCGAGCCCGGCGCCGCGGCGUCCCCCUCGCCCGCGGGCGCGGCCCCUGCCGCGGCCGUGGUGCCUGCGCGCAUGGUCUCCCCGGCGCCCGCGCGCGGUGCCUCCCCAGCGCCCGCGCGUACCACCUCCCCAGCGCCCUCGCGCAAGGCGUCCCCGGCGCCCGGCGCUGCCAUCCCCCCGACUUCCCCUGAGCUGGCGGCCGCCCCCGGGACUGCGAUGAUCUCAGUCGGCAGCCGCCGCCUGGCCGCCGCUGCGAACAACGCGCCCGACGCGCCGCGCGUCGAGGCCGGCGCCGCCACGCGGGCGGUGAGCGGCGGCAACAGCUCCCGAACCUCCGCCUCUGGCGCGUGGGCGGGCGCCGGCGGCGGCGGCGCGGAUGGCGGUGGCGCUGCCUCGUCGGCGCGCGCGGGCGCGUACCGCGCCGAAACCUCCUCCGCCAAUUCCUCCGCGUCAGCGAGCGCCGCCGCUUACACCAAGGUGACUAGCCCCGACGGCAGCUACGCGUACUCCUGGUCAAACGCCAGCUCGUCCAGCUGGCGCGCCUCUUGGAAUUCCAGCUGGUCGGCCGCAUGGAGCGAGGCAAACGCGACGUGCGGGCGCGGCGGGGCGGCCCACGGGGCGUGCAGAGCAGCGGCUGCCGCCGCCGCAGCCGCGGGGCCAGGCGGCGCGACGGUGGGCGGCGCGGCGGCGGCCGGAGAGCAGGAGGCUGCCCGGCGCCGCCUGAUGGAGGAGGGCGGCGACCCCUGGUUCACCACCAAAGUGUGCAGCGUCAAGGCGGGCGGGCCCAACACCGUCUCCAACGUCACCCGGGACUACUUCGGCAGGUACUGGGGAUUCCAGGACGGCGGGAGCUGCACGUUCCGAGGCGUUGGCAUUGAGGACCUGAAAUACGCUCAGAGCGCGCCGUUUGACAGUCCCACAUUUACAAGCGCCCCCGCCUGCCCCAUCUCGGCGCCCAACCCCUCCCUCGGCACCGACGGCCACCGCUACGCCUGGGACAACGCCGCAAAGGCCACCUGCACCUUUGACAAGCCGCACGCGACGCGGCCACUCGGCGCGGCCGACCCCGAGCCGAGGCUGACGGCCCCGACGGCCGCAGCGCCGCCCUCGCCCCCGCCCUCCUCGCCUGUCGAGCAGCAGCCACAGCCCGUGCCCCAGCCGGCGGCGCCCGCGUACCAGCUCGUGCCAGCUGCGCUGCUGCCGCGGGCGACGUCCCAGCAGCUGUCGCCCGCGGCGCGGCCUUCCUCGCCCCUCCUGCGGGCUCCGGCCCCGGCCGCCGCCGCCAGCCCGGCCCCCACGCUGGCGCCGCCGGCGCGACCUGCGCAGCGCGCCGCGGCGCCUGCGCUGGCAAAGGCGACCUCGCCUUCCCCUAAGCCUGCUAUUGUCGGCCUCGCCGGCCUCGCAUUGGACUCCGUCAGCCUGUUGGGCACCCCCGCCGUCGCAGCCAAUGACAAGGCGAGCCCCACCUUCAUGUUGGCUGCCUCUGCGCCCGCCGGUACGCCGGCGCUGGCGCCGCCCAGGGCGUCGCCCGCGGCAGGCGCGGCGCUGCCAAACGCGCCCGCCGCCGCGGCUUCCGGCGAGCACGCCGUCCUCGACCUCGGCGCGGGCCUUCCUGCAACGUCCAUCGCCACGAUCCCCCUGCCGUCCCUCAGCGCGGCCCCGGCCCCGGCCGUCGAAACGUCGCCCGUGCUCACUUCCACCGCGCAGCCCGAGGCAGAGAUUAGUAACCCACCGCAGGUCCUGAUAAGCGUCAGUCUCUUCCCGUCGGUAUCAUACACACCGCAAACGAUUGCGAGCGACACAUCCGCGCGGCGCGCGCGCCCCAGCACCCUGCUGCCGUCGGUCUCGCUGCUCCCGCCGGUGCCGCGCCGCAAGUAA